AUGCAGCUACAAGUCCAGGAAACGGAAGGCGCCACCCUCGCCGCAUCGCACGCGAUCGGAUUCUGCGAGGUUUCCGUCGCGGACAAUUCCCCUGCCCUGUACAAAGCCUUUGAGCGGCUGCUGAUAGAGAGUCGAGCCCGCCCGGUCAAACCGCGGAAGUUUUCCGUCAGCAAAAUGUUCGGUACCCUCAUCGGCAGCAACGGAACCCGCCAGACGCCCCCGACGGCCGUUAGCCAAGGCACCGUAGUGCCCUGCCACAAGGGAGAACUGCAUAAGUCCCGGGUCAUGAAGCGCCGCCAGGCAUUUACAGCGACGGCAUCGCUAUGACCGACAUCGACGACAGCCGAAGACAGCAACUGAAUUCUUGCGUUAGUUGCCCAGUUUGAUUGGUGAAUCGUGAAUCGUGAAUUAUCGUGAGCAAUCUACAAAAUAAUCCCGGGUGGAAUUUUGUUCUACUUCUACCAUCGCGAUAAUUUUUGAUAGAAUAUAAAAUAUUCAAUCGGAGCAGUAAGCUGUUUAGAACAUAAGUCACCUUAGCCAUCGAUUUCAUUGACCGUCUGAUGAUAAUGGCAAGGUAGAGGGACGCUGUCUCAAGCCAACAGAAAAUUUACAAAAAAAAAAAGAGAGAAAACAAAAAAUAACCCCUAAGCCGAGAGAAGAAGACGCCCGGCGGAAUGAACCAAAAAUGUGAUUUAAAUUUAGCAUUCUCGUCUAACGAAACAAUCUUGAAGAAAGAAAAAAACGGUACCGAUGCUGAAGCGAUGUGGUUUAGAAACUAUCGUAACAUACUACUAACACACUCUGGUUAAGAAAUGGUUAGGGAACUUGUCCCAAAAUGAGAGGGAAAAAAGGAAUUGAAAGUAAAUGUACCUACUGCUUCCCCCUCUUUCGGAAUCAAAUAUCAUGUUUUGGAACAUGAAUCGGUUGAAAAAGAAUGUAUCAACCUUUGCAAAGCCUAAAUAUUACUUAAAAUAACCCAUAAAUGUUAAGAUAUUUUUAUUGAAGCAAAGUUGUAGGUACCAUUGGUUGAAAAGGAAAACAAAAAAUUCAUUCUCACUUUUUAGUAAAUUAUUUGUGGGCUUCAUCGACUUUCAACUAUACUGUUAAAAAAAGGCUCAAUUUUGAUCUUUACCACAUUUCAGAGGAAAUUUAAGAAUGUUAUUUGAACAACUGGAAUAAUAUUACCAGAUUGCGGACCAAACACGAGAUAUGUAUCUCGUACUUUCUUCUCCGCAAAUGUGCUACACUCAGAAGCAUAACUCAAAUGUUAUAAUAGAAUCAUGUAACUAAAUUCAACCAAAUUAAACACAACAUUUUCAGUAGGAUCCAAAGAAAUUAAUUUUGAAAAAAAAAAUACACUUUACGGUCAGAAUUCAGAUUUAAGAAUAAUACUUAAAUACCAGAAUGAUCAGAAACGUUUCAAAAACAAAUUAGGAAAUCAAUUUAUUUAAACAUAACAAUUGCAGUUUUGAAUAGAAAAAGAGCCAAAUUUAAGCCAAAUUUAAGAGAGUGCAUUUAAAUUCAAAAUUAAUUGUACAGACGUCAGAUUUAAAAAUUUAGAAUACAGCAAUCAAAAUUCAAAUUUGAAAUAAAUAAUCCAGGAUCAAGUUUCAAACAUCGCCGGUUAAAACUUCAAAAUUACAUUUGUAUUUAAGAUAUAUGAGUUCAGAUUCAGGAUCCAGAUUCCUGAUCCAAAUUAAAAAUUCAU